AGUAACAGAAGCGAUUAUGAAUCUUACGUAUAUUUGUUUAUAAAGUAGCAACGCCAAUUAUUGUUAAGCAGUUCGUUAUGCCAGUAGUUUUCUUAUAUAAUUAUAUAAUUAAGAUGCGUUAAACUGCAUACGAUUCGUUUGAGAAUACUCGUGAGAAUCAAAAUUUUGAUGAGAAAUUAUAUAUGCUUCCCGUAUGAUCCGUAUUUAGCAUGAAUUUGGCAGUUUUAAAAAGAAUCAAUCAUCCUGAAAAAAAAUUGUUUCUACGAUCGAAUCAGUUUUAAAUUUUUUUUUGCUCAUCAACCGUUCAUAAUAAAAAAAAAUCAUGGCUGAAUUUGACGGAGAGAUUGAUCAAAAUCAUCCAACAUCUUUAAAUGAUAGUUCCUGUUAAAAUUGAUAUUUUUUAUCGGCUUAAACGUCAUCUUUCUCAACAACCCGUUGAACGUGUUGUAAUUGGGAUAAUGUGUACGUUUGUUUUGAUUGCAGCAAUUUUCUAUGCGAUUCCUAGUAAACCUUCCUCUUUUUUCCAAAAUUUUGCUGAUACGACAAAUGAUAUUUUUAAAAAAAUUGAUAAUGUUGAUCUUCCAGCCGCAAGUUCAAUAAUGAAACAUACUGUUGCAUGUCGUAGAGCAGCAAACAUGAUUCAAGGAAGUCCAGCAUUUAAGUCUCAUGGUUCUCAAAUUGCAAAAGGAUUACGUAAAUUUGGAGAAAAAAUAAUGGAAGCGGGUCAUUUAUUACAAAAAAUGUAUAGUAAAGGUUCAUCAGUAUAUAAAUCUCUAUACAUAACGCAGAAAAUAUUAGACACGAUACUGAGGGUUAUAUUUUUGAUGGAUUGAGAGAAGCUGAAAAUUUUAUUGACAAAACUGCUGUUCAUUUAGAUAUGAUGGAUUAUGAAGAUAAAUUAAUGGAUAUUUCUGCCGAACUUGAUAAAGUUGGUGGAACUUAUGAUUUCUUUGAAGUUACGAAAUCAGAUCUCAGAUAUUUAAAAUAUGCUGUUGAAAAUUCAAAAUCCAGUCUAUAUAAAUUUCAUAAGAAAGCUUUAGUUUCUAAUUAACAAAUUUAAAUUUCUUAAAUAUGUUGUAUAUUUUUUUCUGAUCAUAUGUUAAUGAAAUUAUUUAUAGAUCAAUGAUGAUUAUGAUUAUUGUU